AUGGCGACCAACAACGAGCAACGACUUUACGACAUCGUCCCAAUUCCCAGCAAGGGUACAGGUGUCGUCGCAACACAAGACAUCGCCAAAGGCACGCGCAUCAUGGCUGAAAAGCCUCUCUUCAUUGUGCCGACCAACAUCAUGCAAAGCGGCAACCAAGUCGUGGAGAAGUACAUCGCUCAGCAACUCAAGGGCCUCGACAAAGAUCAGCAACAUGCCUUCCUCAUUCUGCACAACUGCCACGGUACCAACUUCAGCCCCUUUCUCGCCAUCUCCAAGACGAACAUGCUCGGUCUUGGCUCCCCGCCCAUCGGAGGCGGCCUCUUCAUUGAAGCAUCACGCAUUAACCACGCUUGCAAACCCAACACGCAGAACAGCUGGAAUGAACGCAUCAGCCGCGAAACCAUCCAUGCCGUCCGCGACAUCAAGAAAGGGGAGGAGAUCACCAUCUCUUACAUGGGACACUUCGCGUCCUAUGACGAGCGUCAGGCCUUUCUCAAGGACAAGUUCAAGUUCGACUGCGCAUGCGAGGUGUGCUCAUUACCACCCGACCAACGUAUGGCCAGCGACGAAAGACUGACCACCGUCCACGAACUGGAUCAGGCCAUCCUCAGCGCCGGAAGGAAUGUCAAACUGGGCCUUAGGAUGGUGCGCAAAAUGCUGCUACUGCUUGAAACCGAGGGCAUGUACAAUAGCCAGGUGUACCGCGCGUACUAUGAUGCCUUCCAGAUGAUGGCUGCGAUUGAUGAUAAAGCGAGGGCUGGGGAGAUGAUUCGAAUGUCGCUGGAGCAUGCACGGGUUGUCGAGGGUCACGAUUCGAAAAUUGUGAAGAAGUUUGAGCGUUUGGCCGCAAAUCCAACGAGGCAUAUGGCUUGGGGGCUGUACGGAAGGAAUAGAACGCAGGAGACGGCGCCGGGGGAUAAGGAGUCGGAAGGGUUCAAGACCUGGUUGUGGAUGGAGUAG